AUGAAUCCUUUUGAUGACGUUGCCAAUGUGGAACUCGGGAAUCCUUUUCCUGAUUGGCAAUUCUCAGAAGUUCACCUUCGUGGAAUCGAACAGCUUCCACAACAACCAGGGUUUGAAGCUGCUGGCCAUCAAAAUGAAAUAGUCGUCACCGACAACCAAAUCGUCGAGGCUAUGGAAUUGCUGUUGCAACCUGUUGAUGCUCUUGCCCCAAAUCAAGCAUUCGUCGCCAACAACGACAUUGUCCACUGUAUUGAUUUCUUGUAUGAUGAUGUUGCACUUUGA